GUAAAAUAAAUAUUUGAAAAACAAAUAAAUUUGUUUUUGGUUUUGGAAGUCAUGUCAAAUCCGACAAUUCUUGAAAAAGGGAAACAAACCGUACGACGGCGGCACCGGAAGGCUCAAUCAACUCGAAAGAGGAUUGUUGCCCAAUCGAACGCAAACGAACGGAUGAAGAUUUGUUUUUGCACAGACUUGGACAAAUCGGUCCUGGUGAAUAAUUUUGAAAAGCGUGGCUGGACUCAAGUUGGAGCUGACGAUGAUUGGAAUUUUUAUUGGGCUGGUGUGCAGAGUUGUAGGAAUAUAUUCAGUGUCGACAGUGGAUAUCGGAUGCAUGAUAAUCAAAUGAUUAACCAUUUUCCAAACCACUAUGAGUUGUCGAGGAAGGAUUUGUUGGUGAAGAAUAUCAAACGAUACCGCAAGGACUUGGAACGUGAUGGAAAUUUGCUUGCAGAAAAGGCUGAAUCAAAUCAAUAUGGAGCUGCGAGAUAUUUGUACUUGGAUUUUAUUCCAGUGACGUUCGUUCUUCCAGCUGACUACAACAUGUUUGUUGAAGAAUACCGAAAGAAUCCUCAAAGUACUUGGAUUAUGAAACCAUGUGGAAAGUCUCAAGGUGCUGGAAUAUUUCUCAUAAAUAAAUUAUCGAAACUCAAGAAGUGGUCUCGAGAAGCAAAAGGACCAUUUCAUCCUCAAAUUGGAAAAGAGAGUUAUGUUAUAUCAAGAUACAUUGACAACCCGUUGUUAAUUGGAGGGAAGAAAUUUGAUCUACGACUUUAUGUUUUGGUAACAUCUUUCCGUCCGUUGAAAGCUUAUUUGUUCAAGCAGGGAUUUUGUCGAUUCUGUACAGUAAAAUAUGAUACAAGUCUAACGGAGUUGGAUAAUAUGUAUGUUCAUUUGACAAAUGUUAGCGUACAGAAGCAUGGGGGUGAAUAUAACAAUAUGCAUGGUGGUAAAUGGUCAGUACAAAAUCUCGGACUCUAUUUGGAAGGAACACGGGGCAAAGAAGUUACCGAUCGUUUGUUUGGUGCCAUUUCAUGGCUCAUUGUUCAUUCGUUACGUGCAGUUGCUCCAGUUAUGGCAAAUGAUCGGCAUUGUUUCGAAUGCUAUGGCUAUGACAUCAUAAUCGAUAACAAUUUAAAACCAUGGCUUGUUGAAGUUAACGCAUCACCAUCUCUAACAUCAACAACUGUAACUGAUCGAAUUUUGAAAUACAAGUUGAUUGAUAAUAUGUUGUCAGUUGUAUUGCCACCUGAUGGUGUGCCAGAUGUCCGUUGGAAUAAAAUCCCCUCACCAGAUGCACUGGGCAAUUUUGAACUUUUAAUCGAUGAAGAAUUGGCAGCCCAAGAGGAAGCACAAAAUAAUAAUGCAGCAGGCAAUAAAGGAAAGUCACAAGGAAAUCGAUGGAAAUAGAAUUUCAAUGAAAAUUUGUGUAUAAAUAUUAAAUAUAAAUAAAAAUAAGAAUCGCAAAAGAAAAACAAAAGAGCUGA